AUGGCUGAUGACACGCCACCGCGCUCAAUGUCGCUAAUACCUUAUCCCAACGACUCUCAAGGGAUUGUUCUACGCCGAGGCAAUGCGAUCGUGGUCUACGACACCCUCUCGCAACAGCUCCAGGUCCGUGAUGCCACGGCGGAGGAUGCUGUCGACCUGACUGAAUGCCCUUACUGCCACCGUCCAUACGAUGAUUCACGAUCUCGCGGCCGACACGACAAUGCUAACGCAGGUGCUGCGAGAGGAAGGACAUUCAGCCCUGAGCGACCGUACAUGAAUCCAGAGUACUUUCGCAUGCUAGCUGCGAGCCAAAGAGCUACACCCAAUGCCUCUGGAGCGAACACACCAAGCCAACGGCUCUUUCGGCAAGCUGCUUUGAGAUCUGGUCGGUCACGUGACGUGAGUGGUGCUCAGGAUCCUCCUCCUUCUGGCGCACAGUUUGUUGGUAGCGCGCCUUCCACUGCCAACGCGGAAGGUAUUAGUAGUUCCGCUUUUAGCCCUGGAUACUUCAAGCAGUUCUUCGUUGAGCAAGGUAUCCUUGGUAAAGGCGGCAAUGGCGUGGUCAUGCUUGUUGAGCACUUCAUGGAUGGUGUCUCGUUGGGGCAGUUCGCUUGCAAACGCAUACCUGUCGGUAACAACCACAGCUGGCUGGAGAAAGUUCUGGUUGAAAUCAAAUUACUGCAGCGCCUGCCUCACAAGAAUCUGGUUCAGUACCAUUGGUCAUGGCUGGAGGAUCAUAAGCCCAGUCGCUUUGGCUUAAGUAUACCUUGUUUGUGGAUCUUGCAAGAAUACUGCAAUGGCGGUGAUCUACAUAAUCAUGUUCUUGGACCAAGGGAGGAUGAAUCUACGGCGGAGACGUUGAAGGCGAAGGCAAGAAGGAAAUCGAAAGGAGAAGCUGAGCCACCCAAGAACUUGCGAGGGUUGAGCAGACUGACUUUCGAGGAGAUCUUUUCCUUCUUCAAAGACAUCACCUCCGGCUUGCACCACCUACACAGCAAAGGCUAUGUACACCGCGAUCUCAAGCCCUCCAAUUGUCUACUACAGCACGACGGUGGCAAGAUAAGAGUCUUGAUCUCAGACUUUGGUGAGGUACAAGCUGCAGAUGCGAAACGUGGAUCGACAGGCGCGACAGGUACGAUCUCGUACUGUGCGCCAGAAGUGCUCUGCCAGAGAGCCGACGGUACUUUCGGCAACUUCAGUACCAAGUCAGACAUCUUCUCCUUGGGCAUGAUUGUCUACUUCAUGUGCUUUGGUCGACUACCAUACAGUAAUGCGGACGACAUUAACGAGGAGAAUGAAGAUCUGGACGAGUUGAAGGCAGAGAUUGGCCAGUGGCGUGGCUUUGACUAUGAGACUCGCGCUCGACCUGACUUGCCUGAACAAUUGUACAGGUUCUUGAGACAGCUGCUGAGCGUUGAGCCGGAUGAGCGGCCAAGCACGGGGGACAUUCUGAGGAGGAUAAUCGAGAGUGGGGGAAACGUCGACGAGGUAGGCAUAGACGACUCGACAUCGCGCAUGUCGUCCUUCGACUCACCUUCUCAUCGACCCUCGCCUCCUGGUCGUAAGCAGUCAGCAGUGCUCAGCAGACCCGGCCUAUCGUCGUUAGGACGCCAGCGAUCAGGAACACAAGAAGUCGCACGCUCAAGAAGUCCGAUCAAGACCAGCGCUGAAAGUCACAGCGGAAGCAAUAGUAGGCCUUUGAGUCCAGACGACGGCGCAAUCACAGUACGACCGCGCAAAGUCGAGCUUCCACCGAACGGACGAGUGCCUACACCACAACACAGUCCACGGCUGAUGCUACCGCCGCCACCAGAGCGACCAGUCACAACCUGGCUUGUAAGAACAAUGCGCCGGCCGGAGAGUACCAUCGGCUUUCGAGUUGUGCUGUUCGUGCUCAAGCUGCUCAUUCUGUUCUUGCCAUGCUCGCCGUAUGCGGCUAAUGCUUGGAUCUUGUGGCCGGCCAUUGCGGUCGCAACUCUCGAUCUGGGCGUGAUGUUUUUCGAUUUGCGGCGAUCUCUUCUCCUUCUCGGUUUACAUCUGGCAGCUGUAUAUGCUGCUUCACGAUCGGGAUACCAAUGCGAAAGUCCUUCUGUGGUUUGGAAGGAUUUGUGA